GGAUGGACGACAGUGAGAUCCCAAAAACGAUGUGAUGUUUUUGUCGAAUUUAGGUUAUACUUUAGGUAAUUAGGACGAUUUAAAUAUGUCAGUUCUACAGAGAUUAUGGAACAACACAGAAACAACAAAUCGGAGCACCAAACAAAAGGAUGAAGUGGAGAGCUUGUCAGAGCAGGUGUUCAACCCAUACACAGAGCUACAAGUCCUUCAGGGUCAUGGUGACAUUGUCCGCCUUCUGCUCAAAAUUGAUAACACAAGAUUUGCGUCUGCUGCUGAUGACAAUACAGCUGUAAUAUGGAAUAUUAAGACUGCUCAGAAGUCUUGUGUUCUCUAUGGCCACACUCGACCUGUGGCUUGCAUGCUACUGCUAGCGCCAUCUAGUGAGGGAUUUGAGGAUCCCAUGUUAGUGACGGGUUCAUCAGAUAAGCAGAUCAAAGUAUGGGACAUAGAGACAGGGGAAUGUGUACAGACUGUGUUAGACCACAGCAGCUCUGUCAGGAGUCUGUUGUCACUGGAAAAUGGAUCACUUUUCUGUUCGGGAGGGAAAAAGUUGUGUGUUUGGACGAGAAAAGGGCAGUUGCUAAGUUCGACAUUGUCGCUUAAUGAUGAGGAUAUUAAUUUGAUGAUAGCCACAAAGAACAAUCGAGUAGUGACAGCGGCAGACAAGCAGUUGUGUGUCUAUUCUGUUGUGAAAAUAAUCACCUCACUGACGUCCAAUACGGACUGUUCAUACGAGGUAACUCUGGUGAAGAAGCUGCCUCCUCACCGUGAAGCCAUUCGUUGUCUGAUUAACGUGUCAGAUGCUUCCUUUGCAAGUGGCUCCAUAGAUGGCACCAUCAUUUUGUGGACAACACAAACACUAGCGCCCUCUAGGUACUUCAACUCCAUCCCAGACUAUCAAGGGAGGGAACACCUGUAUCCAUACAGCAUCCAGCACAUGAUAUGUAUUGAUGAGAGGUACAUUGUGGCAGGAAUAGGUUCAGGCUUCUGUGUGUAUGACACAGUGUGUGGAUCAGUGCUGAUGACCAAAGCAAAGGCACAUUACUCUAAAAUACUCUUCGUGGGCUUUGUCUGGGACAAUACCUUCUUGGUGACAUGUUCAGAGGAUGGCUCUCUCCGACUGUGGGGACACAGCCAGACACUACAGCUGGCUCAGCUUGACACCAGUAAACACGGGGACAAUGUCCUCUCACGAUUUACUGGCUACAGUCUGUGGGGACACAGCCAGACACUACAGCUGGCUCAGCUUGACACCAGUAAACACAGGGACAAUGUCCUCUCACGAUUUACUGGCUACAGAUACUACAGCUGGCUCAGCUUGACACCAGUAAACACGGGGACAAUGUCCUCUCACGAUUUACUGGCUACAGGUAAGGGCUCUGAGGAUGGCUGUCUCAGUCUGUGGGGACACAGCCAGACACUACAGCUGGCUCAGCUUGACACCAGUAAACACGGGGACAAUGGCUCUGGGGAUGGCUGUCUCAGUCUGUGGGGACACAGCCAGACACUACAGCUGGCUCCGCUUGACACCAAUAAACACGGGGACAAUGUCCUCUCACGAUUUACUGGCUACAGCAUUGACUACCUUCGCCACUGUAGAGCAGAGGAUUACCUGAUGGAGUUACAGCUGAUGGGGGAGUGUCUGGGGCAUUCAGGGGCAGUACAGAUGUUUUUGGAUUAUGGCACUCAUGGAGUGGUCUCCUGCGGCGUGGACAGUUUGAUUAUUGCCUGGAAGAAUGCAGAAAUUCAGAGCUUGAACAGAACCGACCUUCUGCGAGAAAUGCUGAUGGGAGCAGCAGGAAUUGUCUAGUGUGGAUACCAGUGGACCACAGACAGAUCUAGUCAUUGUUGUACAU